CCUAAAUUUGCAAAAGCAGGCAAUUUCGCUUCAAAUCUUAUGCAGUACAACGCUAGCAUUCGCGUAAGAUAGUGUUCAAAAUGUCUCAAACCUCCAAGGAUAUCGUUGCGUCGUGUGGAAUUUGCCGUCAACCGGCAAAUCCGGUUACGGAUAAAACCGUUACCUGCAGCGGAAGACCGGGCUGUGGCAGGUGCUUCCAUUCGUUCUGUGCCGAUCUGAACCCUAACCGUGUGGGCCGCGUUGGCUUCGGAUGACGGGUUGAGGUGGUUCUGUGCCGAUUGUCGUAGGCAUGUGGAAACUCCCAAGCAGGAGUCGGCUGAAGUUACUUUGAAGGACAUUUUGGUGCGGAUUGAUCGGUUGGAGGCGAAGGUAGAUUCAAGGUGCGCCAAGUGCCACGAUCAGCUGAAAUCGGAGACGAGCGAAAAAAGAGAUGUGGCUCAAGCGCUGGAGAGUAGCUAUUCAUGGAAUUCAGUGUUAAGCCAUCCGUCAGUUAUACCUCCGUCAACUGAGAAAUUUGAAAAAGAUGAAUGUAAACAGUGGAUGGCAUUACCAGAUGAACUCUCGCAGAAGGUCUUCCAGAAUUUGAGCGUGUAUCAACUGUUCCAAGUUCGUUUGACGUGCCGUCACUGGAAUCAAAUCGUUAGAACAAACGACUCAAUCAUGGAUAAGAUGAUACUUCAUUUUCCUCCCGAAACCAUUUUAUGCAGUGACAGUGAAGAGUUUGGUGCACUGAAGUCAACGCAUUACAACCGAAUUGUCCUUGAUAGAGUAACUUUAGUUGAACCGAGUUCUUGGUGGCCGAUUUGUUGUGAAAAUCUUCACACGCUAACUGUAAUUAACUGCAAUGUGCUUUUGGAGGAGCUGCUUAGAAUGCUGGAGCUAUCGAAAAAUCUUAAAGAUUUAACUGUUGAUUUUGGUGAUCUUAAAAAUGUGCCUGAGAUUAAAUUUCAGUUAAAAUCGUUGGAAAAACUAAACAUUUGUGGCGCCGCUCAUCCUGAAGUGUUAAAGACACUAAUGGAUAUGUGUCCGAAAAUAAUGACACUAAAACUACCUUACAUUGGAAAUACAGGCAAAAGUAGCUUAGAUAAAGAAGUGUUUGAAUUAUGCAUACAAUUCAUUCUAUCUGUCAAAAAUACAUUGCAAGAUCUCACAGUGCAAGGAGGCCAGGAAGAUUUUUGGAGAAGCAUCAUUUCUACUAUCAAAAAUAUUCCGCUGAAGCGCUUAACUAGCCCGUUGCCUACAAUAAAAGCAUAUAAGGACCAAAACACCCUCAAUGAACUCAAUGAGUUAAAUAUCGAAGCACUAUGUGUGACUAACAGCCUUUUCUCAUUUGUGAUAAACCCAUUUGGAAAAAAGCUUCAAAUGCUUAAAGAACUAGAAGUUGAAAUAGACCCGCGUUCGAUUAUACAUUUUGAUAAUCUUCAAGAGCUGCAACAUUUAAAGGUAAAGGGAGACUUUGACCAUCCACGAUCACUUUCCAAAUUAAAAAGUAUCAAAUUAAUAAAUUAUACGCUCUAUGAAAAUUUGUUCGAGGGCCACCCAAACCUCAACAGUAUAAUACUGCGUGCAUCCAAGAUAUAUAGUUUAACGGAUUUCUUCACUCAAUGCGCAACGCUGAAGACUCUUCAUAGUAUAGAAUUAAGCAAUGUUUCAGAAGAAAAUAAAAGCACCUGUUUCUUUAAACAUUUCCCCCACUUGAAAUGUUUAAAGCUAUCAGCAUGCAAAAUGUCGACAAAUUUCCUUAAAACAACGUUCACUCUUUGCCCAAACUUGGAGGAAGUUAGUUUGGUGCACAUGGAGAAUGUCAACGAUGAGGUGCUUUUGAAACUUUUCCAAAAAUCUGGCCCAUCUUUGAAAUUCUUCAUAACGUCAUGUUUGACGGCAGUUUCAGUUCGGAACAUUGCCAAGUAUUGUGAUAAGAUAGAAAAAAUCACACUUUAUGGUGAAGUACCGGUUGAAGUUAUUAAAAAACUAAAAUUUCACAGAAAUGUUCAAAUUAUACACAGAAAAAAAUAAUUCUGAAUGUUACAUCAUUAAUGAUGUAACACUUCUGCACGUUAUUAAUAAUUUAAAAUAAAACGCGAUUUUAUGUAAAUUUGCAACAAAUCAUACGUAAAAACACGAGUUUACAUGUGAUUCAUAAUUUCCGUUUCGAGGUAAUUUAUACCUUUUUUCUGUGUACACUAAACAUAAUAAACAAAUAAAUCCAUGAAAUCUUUUCAAUGUAAUUAUUAUAAUCAACAAUUAAUGUUUAUUUAUAUACUAUGCAUAUUAGAAUUUGUUCACAUAAACAAAAAUGCUGAAAUUUGUAUGACCCAAAUGUCACCCCUGAUGACGGUAACAAAUAAUGUAUUGUGUUUCGGAGAUCCUUUUAUCUACAGUGGAAUAAAUUUAAAAAAAUAAUCGAAUCCAGUAUAAUUAGAUAUAAUAAGUUUGCUAAACUAAUUUUUAAACCUCAA